AUGCUUCCAGUUCUCCUAUUACCGGAGUGGCAAGAAACAAUAACAUCAGUGCGGCGAGUGAGAAAUUUUUCGAGCAAGACAAAUGAUGAGGGAUUGGACAGGGAAGAGCGACCUAUAUGGAAAUGUCGAGAGUGUGGAAAGACAUGCAACAGCUCUGCUUCUCUGCGAAUGCAUGAGCAGAGUCACUCACGCCAGUGGAAGUGUCGCUUCUGUGCUAAGGCGUUCUCACCCAAAUGGCUACUUGAGGGUCACGAGCACACGCACACAGGCGAAAAGCCCUUUGUCUGUCCCAUCUGCCGACGUGGCUUUGCCGAUCGGUCAAACACGCGGGCGCACAUGCAGACACACUUGGCGGCGAAGCACUGUCGCUGUCCUCACUGUUCCCGAUCAUUUACCCACUGCGAUCUGCUCAUCCAACACUUGAAGAAGUGUCCAUUUUCCACUCUUGCUACGAAUGAUGCUCACAUCACCUGCAUCGUCAACACACUAUGGGAUCUCGACUCCACCCACUCAACUGCUUGA